UGUAGUUGUGAGGACUUCUUUGUAACAACCGAAAGAGCUACCCAGUACGUUAUGUACAGAUGUGUGGCAAGGAGCUUGAGAACCACACCAGGGUUAUGUUCGGCAUACCCCUUUCCUCAACCACAACCAGGGAGCAGUGACUUCAAGUGCACCACGAAACACAGGUGUAUGGAGCGCUGCGCACACACAUGGAUAUCAACAGUAAGCCAAUUGCGACCUUUGGCACAGAUAAUGCAAGGACGGACCCAUCAGCAGCCACCAACAUGUUUCAUGAGCACUGGUGUGCGGAGAAGGCGGUUGCCAAGCGCAUUUCCAGUUUUAGACGGAACACUUCUGCCAAUUCACAGGCAUGUGUUUGAGGCAAAUCUACGGAACAGUAUAGCUUGUCACCAGAGGUAUGUUGAAUGCACAGAGAAGGUGCGAAAGGGUGGGGGCGACAGUGCGAUCGCAAGGCACACGCAGAGAAACAAGAAGCUUCUGGUACGGGAGAGACUGCGGCUGCUGCUGGAUCAGGAGGAGUACCUGGAGCUCUCUCCCUUCGCUGGCCUGGGCCUGCCUUACGGGGACAUCCCCUCAGCUGGCUGUGUGACAGGCCUUGGUAAAAUCAACGGUUUAUGGUGUGUGUUCAUUGCCAAUGAUGCCACUGUGAAGGGUGGCACUGCGUAUCCCAUCACUGUUAAGAAGCAGCUUAGAGCCCAGGAAGUGGCCAUCCAGAACCGUCUUCCCUGUGUGUACUUGGUGGAUAGUGGGGGUGCGUUCCUGCCCCUUCAGUCAGAAAUCUUCCCAGAUAAGAACCAAGGAGGCCGCACUUUCUACAAUGAAGCCAUUAUGUCUGCAAUGAAGAUUCCACAGGUGGCAGUGGUGUGUGGCUCAUGCACAGCUGGCGGCGCCUACAUCCCCACCAUGGCCGAGGAGGCUGUAAUGGUGCACAGAAUAGGGACCAUCUUCCUGGGCGGGCCCCCACUGGUAAAGGCAGCCACAGGGGAAGAAGUCUCUCCAGAGGACCUGGGCGGAGCUAGGCUACACGCAGAGGUGAGCGGCUGUGUAGACCAUUUUGCUGCUUUGGAGACGGAGGCCUUUGACUAUACCCGAAACAUCAUCUCCACCCUCAAUUUUGAGCUGCCUGAAGAGGAGACCCUCUCAGUGGAGGUCCCACUGCACGAUGUGGAGGAGCUGAAGGGCCUAGCUCCACGGGACUACAGCCACAGCCUGGAUGUCCGACUGAUAUUGAGUCGUCUGACAGAUGGCAGCAAGUUUCAGGAGUUCAAAGCUCGCUAUGGAACCACACUUGUGACGGGUUUUGCAAAAAUUGAGGGCCAUCAGGUCGGCAUUGUUGCAAACAACGGGGAGCUGCUGUAUGAAGCUGCUUUGAAAGGCUGCCACUUUGUUCAGCUGUGUGACCAGCGAGAUAUCCCCCUAAUAUUCCUGCAGAACACUUCCCCGAGCCCAGCGCUGACACUGUCUUCACCCCAGGCAGACUCACAUACCAACAGACUGAAGGCCCAGGGAUCCAUGAUGUCUGCUGUGGCGUGUGCCUCCACGCCCAAGAUUACUGUGGUCUUUGGAGGUUGCCAUGGUGCUGACAGUUACGCUAUGUGUGGAAGGGCAUUUGACCCCAACUUUUUGUUCCUGUGGCCAAAUGCCAGAGUGUCUUUGCUGGCCCCAGGACACUCAGGAGCCCUGGCAGGAGAGGAUGUGGAGGUCACAACCAUCGACGAGAAACUGGAAGAGGAGAGCUCAGCAUUCUUCUCCUCUGGAAGGCUAUGGGAUGAUGGAGUGAUUCUUCCUCAGGACACAAGGAAGGUAUUGGGACACUGUUUGAAGAUCAUUAAGCAACAAGAAUACCAGCUUUCCACGGAAAAGCGAAGGUCCCCAGUGCUCAGAAUCUAAUGCUGCCUUAGAUAUGCUAAUUCUAACAAAGGCAAGGCAAUUGAGGAGACUUGUCAAACUUCAUCAUCAGUGCUGCACUUUCCAUUUUAACCAUGUUUGAACUUGAAUUUGUAUUGUUGCAAAAAACAUUAACAAUGACUCAAUUUUGUAUCACAAAAGAAGAGUUUUGCAUAUAUUAUGAUGUGACUUGAAUGUCAUAUCUUUUUUUUGUCUGUUGAUUUUGACCACACUGACUCAGGGUCCUUCAGA